AUGGCGAUUGCUCGCCCCGUGCGGGCCCUGGGGUUGGCCGCCGUUGUGAUGUGGUGUUUCUUCAUAUGGCAGCUCUUCAAGCCCACAGGAUACUCUUUGGGGCCGGGCGACAACACCUACAUAACGAGAGAGCGGGACCCAAAUCUAGAUCCUACCGGCGAGCCUGAAGGCGUCCUAGCAUACGCAUCCGACGAAUAUGCGCCCGGCAGCGCAGGCACAGCGCGCAUCGAUGCCACGCUCCUGGCGCUGGUGCGAAACGAGGAGUUGGACGGGAUGCUGCAGUCGAUGCGCGACCUCGAGCGGACAUGGAACCACAAGUUCAACUACCCAUGGACCUUCUUCAACGACGUCCCUUUUUCGGCCGAGUUCAAGGAGAAGACGCAGGCGUUGACAAAGGCCGAGUGCCGAUAUGAACUUAUCCCCAAGGAGCACUGGGACAUGCCGUCGUGGAUCAACGACGACCUCUACAAAGAAUCAACCAAGAUCCUCAAGGAGCAAAAAGUACAAUACGCCGACAUGACCUCAUACCACCAGAUGUGCCGCUGGAACAGCGGCCUCUUCUACAAGCACCCGGCGCUAGAAAACAUGCGGUACUACUGGCGCGUCGAGCCCAACGUGCACUUCUUCUGCGACGUCGACUACGACGUCUUCCGGUACAUGAACGACAACAACAAAACCUACGGCUUCACCAUCAACCUGUACGACUCGCCCGAGUCGAUCCCGACCCUGUGGCCCGAGACGCUCAAGUUUGUCGCUGACCAUCCGGAGCACGUGCACGAGAACAACGCGAUGGACUGGUUGUCGGACAAGACUCGUCGCCCGAGCCAUAAUGAGAAGGCUAAUGGGUACUCGACCUGCCAUUUCUGGAGCAACUUUGAGAUUGCAGACAUGACCUUUUGGCGCAGCAAGCCGUAUGAGGACUACUUCAACCACCUUGACCGUGCCGGUGGGUUCUUUUAUGAGCGUUGGGGUGAUGCCCCUGUUCACAGCAUCGCCCUGGGUCUGCUUGAGGACAAGAACCGGAUUCAUUGGUUCCGUGACAUUGGCUACCAGCACAUCCCCUUCUUCAACUGCCCCAACUCGCCCAAGUGCAGUGGCUGCGUGACCGGCCGCUUCACCGACGGCGAGAACUGGCUACACCGGGAAGAUUGCCGGCCGAACUGGUUCAAGUACGUCGGUAUGGGUUAA